GUCAGUAAAAUGAAAAGAACAAACCUAAACUAACAAAACGAGCUUUCAUUCGCGUGACGUCGUCUGUCGUCUGUCGAAGUAAAUAUUGUCGUUUGACUAUUCAGACGUAUUACCUUAUCGGGAUAAACGGUACUUUUCCAAUUUUUCAUUUGUUUAUCAGUCAAGUAGAAGAAUUUUGUAUUGGUGGUUUAACAAGUGGGAAAAGUUUUUGAAUGAAAAAGCUUCAAAAUUACAAUUCAAUAGUGACCAUAAAACAGGUUUGACAUUCUUCUUUAUUAAACUCAACUAACACACAAAGACAUUUUAAUUCAGCGACAAUCUUCAUCUAACGGACCUCUUUUAAAAACGAAUCGUUUGCUCAAAAUGAGACCUUCACAAGUAAUUACAAUAUGUUUUCUCCAUGUGCUCAUACAAGUUGACAGUCAACAUCAAAUUGUCAAGUGUGGAAGACUAGGACUGACUAAUUUGACUCCAUUCUUGACACGAUCAUCUAGUGCAACACAUCAUUGGCCAUGGCACGCUGCUAUCUAUCAUCUGGAAAACAAACAAAAUUAUCAAUGUGGAGGAUCACUGAUCAGUUCAAAGUCGGUUUUGACAGCAGGCCACUGUGUAACUGUUGGCAAUGUACAAAUGGAUGUGGAAAAAGUUUCUGUGUCGUUGGGACGUCUUAAUCUAGAUAUAAAUGAAAAUAGCGUUCAGUCAUUCGGGGCGUCUGAAAUAUUUGUUCACCCCGAUUACAACACAAUUGACUACGUCAAUGACAUUGCCAUUAUUAUACUCUCAGCCGAUGCUAUUUUUAACAAUUAUGUCCAACCGAUUUGUUUGUGGAAGCCAGACAGAACAGAUCUAUCAGAAAUUGUGGGCAAGUUCGGAACAGUGGUUGGUUGGGGACUAACGGAAAAUGGUGUAAAAUCGAAUGUACUUCAACAAGCUAGCUUCCCAGUGGUGAAAUCUUUAUUGUGCCUUAAAAGCAAUCCGGCAUUCUUUGGAGACAUUCUAUCAGAGACAAAUUUCUGUGCUGGCACAAGAAACGGCACUGGCGCUUGUCAAGGUGACAGCGGUGGGUCAAUUACUUUUGAAGAAAAUGGCAUCUAUUACAUUCGAGGAAUUGUGUCAGUCGGCCAAGGAAAAGUGAACCUGAUAACUCAAAAAAUAGACUGCGACGCGAUGCAGUAUGUCGUUUUUACUGAUGUUGCAAAAUAUUUGUCUUGGAUAAAGACCACAUUGGGAGACAAACCAGAACUUUCAUCUGAAUCCACGCCUCAGAAUGUACCGCAGCUUUCAACUGAAUUGACGCCCCAGGGAUGUUUGGCUAACGGAACUGUGUGUCAAGCCGAUGGAGGUCUUGGUUAUUGUUGCAGUGGUUUUUGUUAUCAAUGGGCAGGAUAUUCACGUGGUUUCUGUCAGACCCCGCCCUCAUCCUAGAGUCAAACUGGAUACGCCCGCCAGAGGAUUUUGAAAUUUGAGUUUACUUCAAUCGACAAAAAAGAAAUUGCACAAAAGUAAAACAAA